AUGAUGAAUCGCUUAAAGGAUGGUUUGCGCUACAUAUCCAAAUCCAAUAUCAAGAAUCUUCUCGAUUUUCACGUUGUCCAUGACCACCGAUUCGGAACUCAAGUGGAUCAUCAGUUGAGCAGGGACUUCUUCGUCAAACUUUGGGUUUCUGAUACCAGAAUGCGAAACCCUAGAGGUAAGAAAUUGAUCAAAUCUCGAGUUAUUGAUCUUGAUCCUAGAUGGUUUUCUGCUGGCUCCAGUAAACCUAAACGGUUCUUGAAGCAACCUCCUAUAAGCCAAUCUGUUUCUGAAUUCUCACAACCGGAAUCCCCAGAAGAGGCCAAGGUAGCAGCCCUGCUUGCCAGGUCCAACUUGCUAAUUACCAGAGAUAUUGAGUGGGCGAAUCUUGUGUUGGGAUUUGAACAGGAAAAUCGUUAUGCCAUUGUAGAUGCAUGCUACCCACAGUCGCCUGUAGGUUUAAUUCGUGAACAGAGCAACGUCAUUACCAGACAGUUACUUCGUCUAAGGAGGCCUUUUGUUGCACACAUAACUGAUGCUAUGGGGAAUGAGCUCUUUAGGGUCCGUAGACCCUUUUGGUGGAUAACAAGCUCAAUUUAUGCGGAAAUUGAUGGUAAGGAAAUUGGAGUAGUUCACAGGAGGUGGCAUCUCUGGAGGAGACUCUAUGAUUUGUACCUUGGGAAUAAGCAAUUUGCGGUGGUUGAGAAUCCUGGCUUGUGGAAUUGGACAUUCACCUUGAAAGAUAUUGAUGGUGAGGUGCUUGCUCAAGUAGAUCGAGAUUGGAGGGGCUUUGGCUUUGAGAUUCUGACCGAUGCUGGUCAGUAUGUGAUUCGAUUUGGAGGCUCUGAUUCCAACUCCAAGAUUGGUCUUGCUAAUGCGAUUCAAGACCUUGAUGUCGGACGCCCACUGACCCUCGCAGAGAGAGCUGUUGCAGUAGCUCUUGCAAUAUCACUAGAUAAUGACUACUUUUCAAGACAUGGAGGCUGGGGAUUACCCUUCUUUGACGUCGGCGAGUAA